UUCCGUGCAAGAACUUCAAGUGUCCAUUCAAGCGUUCCGGCCUCAGCCAGGCUGCGGGGUUUCUAUGGCGACGGGAUCACUGCCUUUUUUCCCCCUGCCGUGUUCAGUAGCCAGGAAGCAUCGGGAACUGGGGAACCGCAGCCAGCUAAUCUUGUGAAAAUGGAACCCUUGGAAGAUAAAGCAGCUUCAACAACAAAAAAUGAGCAUGAAGAUUUGGGACCUCAGGAGGAACCAGCACUUUUUAAUCCUCUCCUGAGGGCUGCUUUAAGGGGUGAUAUGGAAGAAGUACAACAGAUUUUUGAGAACUCAGAGGAUCCUGAUCAUGAAAAAGCCAAUAAGUUUUUAAUGGAAAAAGAUAUUCUAGGGAGAAACCUACUAUUUACCACUUGUAUGGUUGGUCAGAAUGACAUUAUCCAGUCCCUGGCAAAAUAUGGAGUUGACCUGAAGGAUAAGACAGUCAGAGGUUAUACACUUCUUCAUUGUGCUGCAGCCUGGGGUCAGCUAAACACACUGAAAACUCUGAUAGAGCUGGAAGCUGAUAUUUAUGCAACUACAUUUCGGGAUGAAAACGCUAGAGAAAUUGCAAAUCGAUAUAAGCAAACAGAGUGUGUUGAAUUCUUGGAUUGGGCAGAGGCCAAGCAGAAUUUACGCAAUUUUAUUUUCCAAAUCCAGGCAACAAUCACUGAUCCUGAGAAAGUUCAGGGAAAGCUGAAUAAAGAAGAUAAGACAACCUCCAUCAAGGCCUGUCAGGCCAAGUUGGACUGGCUUGAAAAUACAAAAGAGCCUGCUACACAAGAAUUUAUUGAUCAGAAGCAGCAGUUGGAGGACAUCAUGCUUCCUAUCUUCACAAAAUUGUCUGCACCACGUGGACAAGACUCUGUUGUCAGCAAAAAAAUGUGAAUGAUUUUUGGAAAUCAACUCAUCAAGCAUAUAUGCCUGCAAACUGCUCCUGUAAUCUAGUCCCUGAACACUGGCUUCAAAGCCAGAAUAACGGAGAUGUAUUGUUGUGCCUGUUGUGAAAAUUGACAUGUUAGAUGUGACUAUAUCAGCAUGAAAUUAAACCCACUAUUCUGUAAAAAAAAAAAAUACUGUAAAAAAAAAAACCUACCAAAACAGUUUUAAUGCUUUUAUUAAAAAACCAAAAUAUUUAUUGAUAUCCACAAAUUACUGUCUUAUUGUUUUUGUCUUUUCUCUUACAAUUGAUAAGUAUGCUUAAACUUGUGAAGCCAGCCAUAAUGUGUUCACAUCUGAACUACGAUACAAUUGUAAGGAUGAUAGGAAUUGUAGAACAUUAUAUUUAAAGGAAAUAUAAUCCUGAAUUUUGGAGCCUGCAACCUCAGCAACAGUUCUGUUCUUUUAUUUUUUUUUCACAUUUGUACAUGGGACAAAACAGUGAAAUAAUUCUAUAGGAAUGCCUAUGAAUAUUGGUUUGUCUAUAGAUAAUUCUCUAGCAUUGCAGUAUAUAUAUUAAAUAAUAAUCUUAAAACCAUGGUUUCUGAAAUUACUUGCUUCAAUUAUCCAAAAUUUAACCACAGUUAAAAUUGUAUUUGUAAAGAUUAUGAUGAAUGUAAAAUUAAUGUUGAAGUUUUCAAUCUCUUCAUAAUAGAACUACAGAAGAGCAUCAGGAUGGAGGCUCAAGGCCAAAUGUAAGGAUUAUUAAUCUGUGGUCCUCAAUCUCUUUUUCUGUACAUUUAAAAGCCUUCUCUAAAUGCACUGUCACAACUUGGCAUGAGGUUGUCAAAUUUACUAGUGUAUAUUCUUACCACAUUGAGACAGGAAACAAUAUUCUAAAAUAGCCUUACCUUUUCUUUUCAAAAGAAAAUCUGAAUAUCACUGCCCAACCUACAUACAUGAUUAAUCCUGUCCAUUUCAGCAAUCCCUCAAAACAUUAAAUGCAGACUAUCAAAAUGUUUUCCAAUUCUUAUCCCAUCUUUCUUAUCAUUGUUUUUUCUCCA